UUUUUUUUUAUUAUCAUUUUUAUUUUCUAAACUUUUAAUUCCUCCAUUCUACAUUGAAAGAUUCAAAUCAUUAUUAAUAAACAUGCGAAUUGCGAUUAUUACCGAGAACUUUUUACCAAAGGUUGACGGUGUUACACGUACAUUAGGACGACUCCUUGAGCACCUUACCUUGACUGGCCAUACCGUCAUUUUAUUAGGACCUGAAACAAGGAUGGAGAACUAUGCGGGCGUAAAACUUCUUGGUACCUUUGGAAUCCCGUUCUUUUUAUAUCCUGAACUUAAAUUUAAUUUCUGGAGACCCAAGUUUACAAGGACAUUAAUUGAAUUUCAGCCAGAUGUGAUUCACUUGGUUGAUCCUGCCUUUUUAUGUCCAAUGGGAUUGACCUUAAUACGCUAUUAUCUUCCAUUUACACCUAUCGUUUCCUCCUAUCAUACAAAUCUUGCUUUAUAUUGUGAACACUUUGGAUAUGGGUUUUUAAAAUCAAUCAUGUGGAAAUGGAAUCGAUAUUGUCAUUCCUUCAGUCGAUUUGUCGCUUGUCCAUCCCCUUCUACUAUGUUUAUCUUAAGGGAACACCAAUUCCAGCAUGUUCGCGUAUGGCCACGAGGCGUGGACAUGUCUGUGUUUUCACCUCUUCAUAGAUCUGAAAGAUUACGCUCUGAUUGGAUAGGAUUAUCUGAGAGGAAACCAACAAGUGAUGAUGAAAAGACGAUCCUAUUGUAUGUAGGCCGAGUCUCGUUUGAAAAAAAUAUUAGACUAAUCAUUGAGUCCUAUCGUGAAAUGGAUUAUGAUACAUGCCAUCUCGUUUUAGUAGGGGAUGGACCGGCCCUCGAUGAAUUACAAACAUAUUGUCUUUCAAUGAAUAUGCCUGUUACUUUUACAGGUUACCUUCAAGGUUCUGACUUGGCACAAGCUUAUGCAUCGGCUGAUAUCUUUGUAUUCCCUUCUACGACAGAAACAUUUGGCCAAGUUGUGUUAGAAGCAAUGGCAUCUGGAUUACCUGUAGUAGGAAUUGAAGCUGAGGGGGUUAAAGAUAUUGUGAAAAAUAAUCAUACAGGUUUAUUACUGAACACAUUCGGUUUAUCUAUCCAAGAUCAACAAAUUAAAUAUCGGGCUUUACUUGAAAGACUUAUAGCGCAAAAGUAUACAAUCUUAAAAGAAAUGAGUGAAAAAGCAUUAGAGACAGCUAAAAAAUAUACUUGGCCUGAGGCUAUGGAUUCAAUGAUUAACAUAUAUCAAGAUGCAAUAUGUCAAUUCAAGCAUGAUACAAUUCCACCUACUUCAUUAAACAUAUUACAAUCAAAAGACUAAUAUGGGAAAAUAAGAUUAUAACUUCCAUUUAUAACCUUUCAUCGUCUACUAAAUAUCUGUAACAGCUAAUACAUACAAGAAGCGAUGGUAUAGGAAAAGUCCUUUUUAAUUUUUUUUUUUUUUUGUAAAACU